AUGCCCUACGACCCGGUGAAGGACGUCUACCAUGACGCGCCGCCCGAGGAGGGGAGAGCGCCUGAGCCCAGAGCAUAUGCACCACUCUACCGUGUGACCCCGCCAGAAAGCGUGUUGAUACCCAUUACAAAGGAGCAAGUUGAGGCGCUGAAGCGGCAGUCGCAGAAUCCGCUGCGCGCGCGCGCGCAGCCCCCGCCCGAGGUGCCUCGUGGCACAGUGCGGCCUGCCGAGGUCCCUAUUGGGGAGCUCGAGCGUACUACAGUCGCCACCCACUACAAUAAGCGGCGCGAGGUGGGGCGCGACGCGCGUGAGUCGUCACCAAUCAUCCCGCUCAAGCGCUUCAACAACUGGGUCAAGUCGGCGCUCAUCUCCAUGUAUGCGCAAGUCGGCUGGAACGCUGGACAAGGAGCGCGCAUCCUGGAGCUUGGGUGCGGCAAGGGCGGUGACCUGCGUAAGUGGGAUCGGCACCGACCAGCCGUGAUGGUCCUAAUUGAUAUUGCCGAUGUAUCGAUCGAGCAGGCGCGCCUGCGCUAUGAAGAAGGACACUACCGCUGGGCCGCCGAGUUCUUUGCCUUUGACUGCUUCCGCCGCCCGUUAGACGAAGUGGUGCCGCGCUCGCUGCUGGAACCGCUUUUCGAUACUGUGUCGAUGCAGUUCUGCCUGCAUUAUGGCUGGGACUCGGAAGAAAAUGCACGCACGAUGCUUUCAAAUGCGGCGCGCUGGCUGCGCCCCGGUGGCACCCUGAUCGGCACGACGGUCGACGACGAGACGCUGCUCGCACGGCUGCACGAGGACGAACAUGCUGUUUCGUUUGGCAACGAAUGCUACCGCAUCGAGUUUGAUCAGCGGCUCGAGCCGGGCGAGAAGCCGUUCGGCAAUCGCUACCAUUUCUGGCUACUUGAUGCAGUGGAUAAUGUACCCGAGUUUGUCGUGGACUGGGCCGCGUUCACACGGUACGUCGCAGCGACUGACGCAUGCGGGCUGCAUCUCGUCUAUAAGGCGCGCUUUGACGAGAUUCUCAGCGAUGGGUAUGCAAAUCGACCGCUUCGCCAGCUGCUCGAGCGCAUGCAGGUUAUCGAUUCGAACAUGGCCGCAGCAGGUGUCGUGACGCCGGCCAUGCCGCCCGCCAUGUGGCAUGUGUGCACGCUGUACAUGGGCUUUGCGCUGGAAAAGAGCGUGGAUGCUACGGCGUAA